ACACGCUUUAAAAAGCCUAGACCACCGUCUACCGAGUGGCUGGUACGCUCAGUUGGGAAGAUACGGUUCACGACUCAAUAUUCAAUCAGGGCUUGCAGCAACCGAUCAAUAUACACUUGCUGUCUCAAGCUCGGUAAUAGGUUACUGGACAAAUCGACCGGUGUUUGUGUGUCUGCAGUUAAAUGCGAGUGUUUGUUUUCGAGAUUAAUAUCAAAACAACCCGAUAAAGACCGUUGGCCUGCACGCUCUAAUUGCUAACGCUGUCGAUUCGCACGCUAUACUGCAGCACGCCUUGAACUAGACACGUGCGAUCACGGAGGAUCGGAGCGACAGGAUCGUGCCAGGCAACAUGAAUUUUACCGAGGAGCAAAUUUCCCAAACGGAUGAAAUCGAUUGUAGGAACUAUCUUCCACCGUUGCGGCUGUACUAUGCAGAGUACGACAUUUCCUUGAGCUUAUCGCUGACCGUCGGCUGCAUCAUCUGGCUGUGGGUGACGUACGUGUUUGUAAAAGUAAUCCGACUAAUCAAGCACCAGACUGAGAAGAACCAGGUGAUGGUGCUAAUCAUUGCCAACACGGUGUAUUUUACGGUGGUUACGUUCAACGUGGUGGCACUGUUAGUUCCGCACGUUGCGGUCGUCUGUGACAUAGUGCCAUUUGUGGCGUUUUGUUGGUGUAUUUUGGUGUUUUUUCGCUAUCUCAAAGAGUCAGUUGGUGGUGAUACGGCCAUCAUUGGACUGUACGAAACCAAAGCAAUCCAGCCACCCCAAGUGUGUCCAUGCUUUCGUUUCAUUUAUGACAAAAAACGACAGUUGCGUGCUAUUCGGUUCGGAAUUAUGCAGCUACCCAUCUACAACAGCGUUGUGGCCAGCAUACAGUUAAUCAUUUUCACAUUUGAUAAGGAUUUGUUUUUCGACGUAUUUUAUGUGAUCUUACCAUUUAUAAUAGCGUCGAUCGUAUUCUACGUUGGUUCAUCGGUUUCGUUCAUUAAAACGGUUGCUCCACUCUAUCCAGACAAUCCGAUUUUUAAACGUUUCUUUCUGCUACAGUUGGUGCUUAUUAUCACAAAGCCACAGAUCAUUAUCCUGGAGCUCAUCUAUAACCUGUCCACGUUCGAAUGUACUGUAGCUGGCGAGCCCAAAGUAUACCUAAACAUGAUAAAACAAUUGCUAAUAUUAGUCGAAGUAGGCAUAGUGACCAUUUUCUCGUACAAAUUCUACACCACCCAACAGCGACCGAAAUGUGAGAAGUCGGGUGUAAACAAUACGGGAUAUGAGGCAUAAUGCUGGAUAAAAAUAAUGAAAAGGAGAAUUUUUACUUACCUAAAUAGUGAAUAUUCUAUUUAUUGCUAUUAUUACGGAAGACAGGAAAAAUGUCAUUAAAAACAGCUAUAUCUUCAUUGAAGAGUGCUUCACGGCGAAUAAUUUAAAUGAUAAACAAACACAUCGUUCAAAGCAAACUGUACGUAGCAGAUUGAUGCAGAAUUUAAAUACCAUUAAACUUUGAUUGAAUUCAAACAAUCACCGCCUCGUGAUUGUAUAUUGUCACUUGAAGAGAUCCUUUAGCUAUGCCAUAACGAAUGUUUACCUUUUGUAUUGUGAACUAGCAAUAGAAACGCUCGAAAAGUAUGAAAAGAAUGAACGAGAAACAGUUAUGAACUUGCAGAAAACAACGACUACAGAUUUUACCUUCUAAUGUUAAGUGUGAACACGGGCAGUAUGAUUUAUAAACUAAGAAAAAUCUGUAGAUAUUAGAAAAACCAAUUGAGAGGAAUAAAACUAAAGGAAAUAAACAUUA